AUGCAGUAUAAUUUAGCAUCAACCUUAACGGAAACUAUUUCACCAGACGUUGCCAGUAAGAUGAAUAAUACACAGUAUAAUAGUACUUCAUUUGAUCCUAGACAUCUUCGUCAUUUAUAUCGACAAAUAUGGAGUUGUCCAUCAUUAGAUUUUAAAAGCAAAACAGGUUAUUAUUCACAAUCUGGUGAAGAUGCAGCAUUACAUAAAAACAUCUUCAAAGAUAGUCUCUCACAGAGAAAUCCAGGUAUAUUCGUCGAGAUAGGUGCAUUAGAUGGUGUUACUUAUAGUAAUACUCUAUUUUUCGAACGGAUGUUUGAUUGGCGUGGUGUACUAAUCGAAGCACAACCCGACAAUGCAAGAAAACUACUACGUGUGAAUAGGACGAAAACUGUGAAGAUACCAUUUGGAAUCUGUUCUCUUCCACAAACUGAUAUUCAAAUGUUGGGUGAAGGCAAUGCUGUUGCUGGUGAUAUUGCAACUAUGGAUGAAUCCUUUAAAAAUGCUUGGCAUAAAAAUAAGAACAAAACACGAAAAGUAGCAUGUGGUCCUAUUGGCACCUAUUUAUCUGCUAUUGGAAUUACUCAUAUCGAUUUUUUUAGUCUUGAUGUAGAAGGAGCUGAACUAUCUGUGUUACUUACUAUGAAUUGGAAUAUUCAAAUACAUUAUCUUCUUAUAGAAAAUAAUUCAAAAAUGGGCAACAUAGUCACUUUGUUAAAGAGCUAUGGAUUUCGAAUACAAGAAUUUAGUCAUUGUAUUCCAGGACGUGAUUGUGCAAGUAAUACAUUGUUUGUCAAUGAUAAUUAUAAGAGACCCGAUUUCUUAUCUAUAUGUGUACCAAACAUAUAUCCUGAUAUUAACUCAUAUGCAGAAAAUCAUUUCAACAAAAUCUUGUUUAUGAUUGUGUGUUUCUUUUACUUUAUUAAAAAUUUAACGGUCUAUUAA